ACCCUGGGGAGAUUGCUAAGCCUCUCUACUCCAGAGCCAGUGGGUGCCAUGGGCCGCGCGGCUAAGUCUGGGGCAGUGGCAAGGCGGCUUUAUGUCCUCUAAGACUCCCCCCCCGGCCAACCUGAGCUGGCUCGCCCUUAGGCGCUGCUGGCGAGGAGCUGUUGCUUCCCCCCGCGAUGGCCACAAAGGGAGCGGGGCCCGGACCCGCCGCUCGUCAAUGUCAACGUCGGGCCACGUGACCGCACCUCCCUGCCGCCGCCGGGGAGAGCUUUCCACGUCAGCUUACGUCUCCCCAUCUCUUACUUCACGGAUCUGCUUCAAAGAGGCAGCUGCGUUAGAGAAUCAUGUUAAGCUCAGCUAAUGCGGAGAAGCCGAGGUAGCCCUAAUGAUGGAUUUUGAUGAGCGUGUUCCUUGUUCCUCUAACAUGUAUUUGCCAAGUUGUACUUACUACGUCUCGGGUCCUGAUUUUUCCAGCCUCCCUUCUUUUUUGCCCCAGACCCCGUCUUCUCGCCCUAUGACAUACUCCUACUCCUCCAACCUACCCCAGGUCCAACCUGUGAGAGAAGUUACCUUCAGGGAAUAUGCCAUUGAUCCCUCCAGUAAAUGGCACCCCAGGAACAAUCUGCCCCACUGCUACUCCGCAGAGGAGAUCAUGCACAGAGACUGCUUGCCUGCCACCAACACUGCUAGCAUGGGCGAGAUGUUCGGCAAAAACACAGCGAAUGUCUACCACCCCAGCACCAACGUCUCCUCCAAUUUCUAUAGCACGGUGGGCAGGAACGGGGUCCUACCCCAGGCUUUCGACCAGUUUUUCGAGACGGCUUAUGGUACGGCGGAAAACCUGGCCUCGGCGGACUACCCGGUAGACAAGAAUGGCGAGAAGGCGCCCGCGCCCGCCGGGGCGGCGGCGGCGGCAACUUCAAGUUCGGAGGGAGGCUGCGGCAGGGCGGCGGCAGCGGCGGCGGAGAAGGAGAGGCGGAGGCGGCCGGAGAGCAGCAGCAGCCCCGAGUCAUCUUCCGGCAACAAUGAGGAGAAAUCCGGCAGCUCCAGUGGACAACGUACUCGUAAAAAGAGAUGCCCAUACACCAAAUAUCAGAUUAGAGAGUUAGAAAGGGAAUUCUUCUUUAGUGUCUACAUAAACAAAGAAAAACGCCUCCAGCUCUCCCGAAUGCUCAAUCUGACCGACCGCCAAGUGAAAAUAUGGUUUCAGAACAGAAGAAUGAAAGAAAAAAAAAUUAACAGGGACCGAUUACAGUAUUACUCAGCUAAUCCACUACUUUAAAACUCAUAGCGUUUUUCAAGACGAGAUUAAAUUCAGAUUUCGCCCUUGACAAGGUCAAGCCACGGGGUUACAUGGAGGAAGGAGGUGUGUAUCUGAUGGGACUAGAAGAAUCCAAGGGUUUACAUACAUGUAAAUCUACCCUGGACCUUCAAUGUUGGUUUUCUAUAUAUAUAUAUUUACAUACCAAACUGGAAUCGAUUUGAUUUUGACACACAUGGCAUCCAUUUCUAAGAGUGCACGUCACCUCUGAGUGCAAAAUCCAUACCUCUUACCUUGCCAGGCACUGUGGCUCACCCUGCUCCCGCUUUCGGCAGGCACAGGCGGGGAUGGCACCGCUCCGUCCCCGGCCUCGCCCACCCUCGGCCCACCCUCUCCCCUGUGCUGCUGCGGAACAGCUGGCUGGAGAUGGCCAGGUCCAGCUCACCCAACCAGGACCACUGCAGAAUAUAAAACUCUGAGAGAGAACCUUUUGUCCUUCUUUAGCGGAAAACGUCUGGGUUAGAGGCAGUGCUCCAUUGCCCAUGGGUUUGAAAAGAGAAUUUGGUGGGGGACGACAUACAGAAUUAAAGGGAGGGAGGAUGACAUGGCUACACCUUCACGAAGCCAACCGCGAGCAGUUGUAAUAUGGAUGUACUGAUGCGUAUACUAGCAUUUCCUUCGGGGGUGUGGGUAGGGAGGGGGUAUAGGGAAGAAAGAGAAGUAAAUUAAAGACUUCUUUACUUAAAAAUAUCAGGUAUAAAUUCGCCAUAUAUCGUAAAGAAACAAUCACUGAAAAAAAAAUAGUAAAUUUUAAUUAGCUCUCAUUUUAUUUAUGACAACCGAGUAUGCGUUGCCAUAUUUUCAGAGACAAAUCAUAUUUAAAUACUAAAAAUAGACGGGCAAAAGAGUGUGAAUUUCAGCGUUUUAAAAGAAGCAACUCCAUAAAGGAAACUAACCUUCUGGCUUCUGUCUCACAAACUUUCUUCAGGAAAUACCUGUGGAGAACGACAGUUUAGCAAAUACCACACAACACUUAAUUGAAACUUGGAGUUGUGCAAUGCACUAACAUUGGAUCAUUAAAAUAACUCGAUCGCAUGUUCGUUUAAAGGUGACCGGUGAGGAGUUUAAACAGAAGUAAAACACUGUAAAUAUGGUAAUUUUGUUGUUGUCUACUUUAAACGUCACAAGCUCUACUUUGUCGCCCAGGCGACAUAUGCAAAGAAUGGAGAGUUGUUCGGAGUUAUUUUAAAUAUCUAUAAAUAUAUAUAUUUCCCUGCAGGAACCAAAGCGUGAAAAAAAUACAAUUUAAAAAAUAAAAGAGAAAAAAAAGGAAAAUAUUUAAAAAUCUAUAUCAGUUUACAAAGGACACGGCAUUCUAUCGUGAAGGUGAUUUGCUGUUGAGAGUAUCUGAAUGUAUAUUUCAUAAAAGAACGGUGUUUUACGAGACCUGUAAAUAAUUUUCUAAAAAGCGCCCAUGACCUAUUUUGUUCGAAUGCCUUUUUUCCUUUUUUUUCCCGCCCCCCUCUCCCCCCCUUCUUUUUUCCUUUGGAGCUAAAGGGUGUGGGAUUUCUUUAGGUGUGCAACGAAGUGGUGAUAAAAAUGGUUUUUGAUUAAUAAAUUUAACAAGUGGAUGUAAUUUCUUUGACACGUUCACAAAAUGCAAUAUCUUUAUAUGGCAUCACUGUUUUCAAUAAGUAUCAUCUAUAUGUAUAUACAGUUUUGUUUUAAUAUGCGAAAGUAUUUGGUUGCAUGUAUACAGUGGAACAGCGCACAAGGAAAAUAAAAAAAUGGAAACUUUAUAUUUUACUCUGGUGUUACGUUACUGCAUGUUCUUUUAUCCAAUGUAUCUCUGGGACCCGAAAUUCCUCGUGACCUUGUUCAGUCAUUUGGGGUGAAUUACACUUCUUUUGUGAACUUCGCCGUUAAAUCUUCUACUCUGGAGUUAACAAGUGAACCUAGGGUUGUUUAAGCAUCGUUUCAGUGGGUCACAGGAAAAUGGAGUGUGUUCAUAGCUCACUACGUGUUAGGCCUUUUUCUUCUCCUGCCAACACAGGCAGGGUCAGGUCCUGUGCUGGAGGGUUUGAUGUGACAUUGCUAUUUUCUCCUUGCCACAUGUGUCCAGGAGAACUGCUCAGGAAAUGUUGGUGGUGUCAGUAGCGUUUGGGGCAGAUUUUACAAGCCCGGCACCAAAGGGAAGGUCCAAGCCAGCCGACGGAUGUGGCCAGAAGGGUGAGAGCCAAAAGAAAAUUGUUGUAUUUGAA